ACGACGUCAGAUAUUCACGUGGAGAACGUGGAGAUCGAUUUGUCAACGACAGGAUCAUCAUUGUCAUUAUCUCCGCCAUUAUGUGCCGAAUCCUCGGAAUCCUCGUGUUAUUUUCUACGGUUAGCGUAAUCGUUGCUCAAGACUACGAGAUUUCCGACAUUCAAUGCAGUGGCGCCGGUUCAGCAGCCGAUCUUCUCACAGCGAAAAUUAGAAGACCGAUCGGCUUCAGGGGAGCUCCGUUAUUUGCCGAUGAUAGAUCAGCCAAUCCUCUCAUCGACAUUCAUUGCCAAAUUAGACCGGAUCCUAACGAUCCUCAAGAAGACAACUACUUCCUCAAAGUGACGGAUUUUUCGCGAUGCGGUGUUCUCAAAAGAAACGGAUUCAUUCAUUUACGGAUAUGGUUUCCGGCAUUUCCCGGUGUCGUAAUGCUGGCCGAUCAAGAAUUGAUCCUCAUGUGUCGUCCACCUGAGCCCACAUUGCUUAGGCACAAAGCGGCUGGUUUUGCUGGUACAUUUCCACAUGGUGCUAGAGUAUCCGGUGUAGUAGAGGAGACACCGGGUCGAUUAGAAUACGAAGUUGCUCUUUAUCGCGAAGCUACUGGUAAUAUAUCAGAAUCUAGCGGAUCCCAAACAGUCGAUCAGGCGGUGCCAAUAGGUACAAAACUUCAGUUGAGAGCUCGUAUCAGUCCUGACAGUGCUUGGGGUUACAUAAAACUUUUGGAAGUAACGGUCAGCCCUGAUCCCGAUCAACCGCAUGCUCCAGGGAGCGUUAUCCUUGUUAAAGAUGGCUGUAGAAAUCGAGAUUUCGCAUCGAUCAUUCCUCAUCAACCGGCAAGGUAUCGCGAGAGAAAGAACGAGGUAUUUUUGGAUUUCGAAGCAUUCUUGCUUAGUUCUAUGCGAGAACGAUCUACUUUAUGGAUACACUCGCAAAUAAAAGCUUGUAUGGAACCGCAAGAUUGUCAACCGGAUUUCUGCUUGGAUCUAUUUGAGCCGUCGGGCCAUGGCAAACGAAGAAAACGAAAUGUCAACGAAGAAAUCGACGGUACAUUCUUGCCUAAGAUCGAACGUCUCAUCAAGAGUUACAAUGACUCAACGCCUUUUACGAAAUUCAAAGAGAACAUUGAGUAUACCGUCAUGAUGCCAGACGAUAUUUACAACAAAGUUGCAUCUGGCUUGGAAGGUAGUUGCGGUAGUUUUCUUUACGUGGCUAUUGGAUUAGGUGCAUUAUUAGUUCUAUCGGCCUUCAUUAUGUGUUAUUUGGCUUCUCGUCUUCAUAAUUUAUCUUCAUCAAUCUCGCAAAACAAGUCCAUCGAUGAUCUCGUACGAGAUAGAGCGAGAAAAUAUUGUGACGCGACAUCAGGAUAUACUGGACGGUCUACCGUACAAUAAAAUAAAUCAGUCUAUUUAUUUAUAUUCGAUAAUAUUUUUGAAUAUAACGAGAAAAAGCAAACGUGACGUAGAAAUGUUAGAAAUCGAACGAUGAACACUUAACAUUUGACAAAUACUUAUAUAUGUAUGUAUGCUCGAUGUGUGUAUAUUUAUCUCGUCCGACUUAUUUAUUCAUUCUAUAGAUUAUAUUUUUCACAUAGUCUCAAUGUUUAUUAUAAUAUUUUAUAAAUAUUAAAUAUUCAUCACAGUUAGUUACGAUGGAUUUUCUUUAUCGAUGAAAUAACAUUAUUAUAGCACAUUAUAAAUGUGUCAAUAUGAUACGACUGAUAAUACUUUUAUAGCAUAGUUAUAUUGAUAAAAUAUCAUUCUAAUACAUAAUACCGAAUACCAAGAAUCUUAGGAAUUCUUAGAUUUAAGUUAAAAUAUAAAGAGCGUGUCACAAAUCGAAACGAACAUAGAAAAUUAUUUUAUAGUACAAGCGCUCUGUUUUCUCCUUUCUUUUUGCAUAUGUUCUGAAUAUUCGAAGUAUGCCCGUGUGCAAUGCUAUCACGUGACCUGAUAAAGCGAACGCAAUCGUCGAUCGCCCAUACUUACAUAACAAUCGUAGUAUUUAAGUAUUUUUCCAAAAAUGCAUUUCGUGAUCAAAAUGCAUGAAAAUAUUGGGUUGGUUAAAGGUAAAAAUAAAAUACUUCACCCUUUGUACAUAAAUCUGCACGAUAAUGUAUUAGUUGAGUUGAAUUAAUUUAAUAGAAAAAAAAAAUCGAAAUAUAAAAA